AUGGACAAUGAGAUCGUUCUGGAGAAACAAUUAAAAUCUAUUAUCGAACCGUUGAAACAAAUUGCUGGAAACACUGAACGUGGAGGUAAACCAUUUGAAACUAAAUUUAUGGAGAAUAAGCAAAAGAAUAAACGUAAGCACAGCGAUGAUGAGGAUGAUGAUGAUGAUGACGACGACAACGACGACGAUGAUAAUGAUGCAAUUCCAACACAAAUUACUCCCCAGCAUCUUCCAUGGAACAAACAAAUAAAAAAGAAACGAUCAAACGUCAUGCUUGAUUCGUCCAUAAUUCAUUCCACACCAAUAAAAUCACAACAACAACAACAACAACAAUAA